GUGUCUGAAUAAAAAAAAGAACAUGUUUCAUCAUGUAUUUUUCUUUUGCCAUAUAUUCUGACCUUUGCUCACUUAAACACAUUGCAAAUCAACAUUCCGAGCCACUGAGCGAGCGAGCGAGUUAAGCGAAGAUGGAGUUGAAAGUUUACGUGCAUCGUCUGUCUCAGCCAGCCCGCGCUGUUCUCAUUUUCUGCAAGAUGGCUGGUAUAGAAUUUGAGGAGAUCUUUAUAGACUUGACCACAAAACAGCAGAAGACCCCUGAAUUCUUAGAGAUCAAUCCUUUGGGGCAAGUACCGGCUAUUACUCAUGGAAAAACUAAUUUAUUUGAGAGCCAUGCAAUUCUUAUAUAUCUGGCUUCUGCAUUUCCUGUUGCAGAUCACUGGUAUCCGAGUAAUCUAUUGAAGAGAGCCAAAAUUCAGUCAGUAUUAGAUUGGCAUCACUCGAAUUUGCGCAGAGGUGCAGGUACAUAUGUUAUGAAUGCUGCAAUGGGACCCGUGAUUGGGUUACCGUUGAAUCCUCAAGCUGCGGCUAAAGCUGAGAAACUUUUAUGUGCAUCAUUGUCAAAAAUUGAGUCCUUUUGGCUCAAUGGGACUGCUCCUUUUUUACUUGGUGCCAAUCUUCCUUCCAUAGCUGAUCUCAGCCUUGUCUGCGAAAUUAUGCAGUUGGAGGUUUUGGAGGAAGAGGACAGAAAUCGAAUACUGGGCCCGUACAGAAAAGUAAAGCAGUGGAUUGAAGACACAAAACAUGCAACAAUGCCUCAUUUUGAUGAAGUGCACAAAGUCCUAUUUAAUGCCAAACCAAGACUCCAGAAGAACCUGCCUAUGGGUGCAACAAACACUCAGACCCAACCCAACUUAAAAUUAUCAUUACAAUCUAAGAUGUAAUUACAAUUUUGAUUGCAUUUUUUCCAAUUAUUGUAAUUUGGUUAAAAUUAUUAAAAAGAAUGUAUUUGGAUGUAAA